AAUGACGUUAGCGCGUCUCAUUACUGAUUGUGCACUGUAGGUAACUUUAGAUGUGUGGCGACUGAUAGUUGGAAUCGGGUUGAUUAUCAACCAAAAUAUUCCUUUUGAAAGAAUUAUGGAUAAGCUUCCAUCUUGGAGAAAUGAUCUCAAUCCAUGGAAAGGAGCAGAACGUGCACAUAAAACUCCAGCUAUGCAUGAGUAUGAUUACCAUGUUAUGGCUCAGCAGGCAGCUGCUGUCUCCCCCUCUAACAAUGCAGCAGCUGGUCUUCAUCCUGCCAUGGCCCAACUGCCCAUGAUGCCAGCUGGUCUCAAUCUCUCAAUGAGUGCAGCCAAUCAACUAAUGGCUGCUGGGGGCUUGCAACACACACAACUUGGAAACAGCAAUACUCCCCGCCAUUUGGGUCAUGGAUCUGCCCUGGUCUCUAGUACCUCCCCUCAUGGAGCAAUGGGUGGAAUACCCCAUGGUAAGGCAAAGUCCAAGAAACCCAAGGUAAAUAAAGAUGGAAUUCCAGCUCCAAAACGUGCCACAACAGCAUACAUUAAUUUUACACAGUGGUAUAGGGAACAAAUGAAGAAGUCAGGAAAACAGAUUCCGCGGAUUGGUGAAUUUGGCAAAGAAUGUGCAGCUAAAUGGAACUCCAUGACAGAGGAAGAUAAACAGCCUUUUUUGGAUUCAGCAGCCAAAGACCGAGAGCGUUACAAGAGGGAGAUGGCAAUAUAUAAGCCUGCUCGAGAUGCCAACAAACCAAAGCGGCCUGGCACGGCAUUUAUGUUGUUCAUGAAAGAUCUUCGGCGAGAGAUGGCUGGUAGAGAGCCAGAGGGAGGUGUAGCAGCUUUGGCCAAAUUAGGUGGGGAACGUUGGAGAAACAUGAAAGAAGAAGAAAAGCGACCUUAUAUUGAAAGCCAAAAUGAAGAAAAACUACGGUAUGAGGAGUUGAUGGAAGAUUAUAGAAGACAGCAGCAAGGUGCUGAUGAACCAUUACCCAAGCAACCCAGGAUGCAGCUACCAAACAUGCAGGAUGAACAGGGUCAUGACAGCAUCAGUGGUGAUGAGGGACGUGGAGGACCUGGAACUCCUCAAAUGGCACCUGGAACUCCACAGAUGGCAGCACAAUCUCAUUCAGCUCCUGGCUCUGGAGAAUCAACUCCUACCCAUGUUGGAGCCCCGUCUCCACAUACCCAUUCUAUGAGUCCCAGUCCUGGGAUGGGCUCUACUCCACCAAAUCCCAACAGUGUUCCCUUUAGCACCCCCAUGUCCUUGGCCCAACUCUCUCCUGCCCACAGUGCAGCCCUUCAAAUGAGCUACAACCAGCAUGGCUUGCCCAACUUUGCCUUGCCAAGUGGUGUGCUAGCUCCUGCACCUAAUUAUAAUCAGGCUCACAUGGCUGGCACAGCCCAAUAUUUGGGCAGUAGUAGUGGCUCUUACAGCCAGGGCCAUAUCCCUGGUCACUACAACUGGACCUGAGCAAUUAAUAGCUGGAGAAUGGCACAAACUUCCCAUCUUUCUUUGUACCUGUGAUGGUUUUGGUUGAUUUCUCCUGUAGUUAAACCUAGUCUGCCUUUUUCUGUCUGUUCUUUAUAGGUGUGUCCUAAGAGACAUGUCCCUCUCAGUAGUGUAGCCCUGUAUCUCCUUGGGCAGCAUGGGAGGUUUACUCAGUUUGACCUGAAGGACUGAGAGCUCGCACAAACCUGAACCAGUUUUAUUUAAGUUUGUUGAUACAUUUUAAAGAAAGUAUCAUUAUUUUCCUCAACUUAUAUUGUGAGUUGCUUGCAUGGAGAGUUAUACUUAUUAAAAAGUUACUUCUGUGGAGGCACAGAAAUGGAGGAAUUGCUUUGUUUGGUAAAUUUCAUACUGGAUUUGAAUAAUAAAUUAUGUGUAGAGGCUAAGGUGCUUUUGUUUAGAAGCUUGAUUUAUAGAAAAACUUAAGUUUAUUGUAAAUGAACUUGAACUUUAAGACCUGGUUUGAGUUUGGACAAAAAUGUUAUAUCAUUGGAGUAAAACUCCUGUGAUAUACUGUAGGUAGGCAGAUACAUACUUGUAUCACACCUUGUCAGUAUUUUUGUGAGUCUUGUGUUUUCUGUGUUUGACGUGGUUUGAGAAACUAUAUAUUAUUUUAAGCAGAAGAUUGUAUGUAGCUCUAGAAGUAACUGAUCAUGAUUGUCAUUUUUGUCACUCCCAAUAUUGCACUCCAUUUUGUAUGUAUGCCAUAUGUAAUGUGUGUGAAUGAGUGAUGUGAGAGACCAGGCUGGCCCCAGGCCUGCUGUUGUCGUAAUUUUAGUGCCAUGGAUAGCUUAAUUGGUAGCUGCGAACAAACUGUUAUGGUAUAUUUGACGAGAGAACUCAAAUAUUGCUCUAAACUUUAAUCUGUUUAGGUAUUCCUUUUGAACAAGAAAAAAAUAAAAGGUAGCAGACAGUAUUUUAACUGUAGUGUGGUAUAUACCAUGUUAUUUAUUUUAGUAUAGUUCAUGCCUGCUGGCCAGCAUGGUGUCUUGUGUAUGAACUUUCAGCAAUGGCUUAUUUGUUAGCCAUUGCCAUGAGCGUGGUCUUUCAUUGUGGCAGUCUCACUGUUCAAUCAGAACUCUAUCGUUCUUUGUUAGCCCUUCCCUUUGUAGAAUUUGUUUUAUAUUUAAGGUUAACAUCCAAUAGGCACCUUUUUAUAGUACAUAUAUUUCUCUGAGUAGUGAACCAGUUUUGUGCCUAAGGUUAAUAUUAGUAGGUUGGUUUUAUAGUGCAAAGGUACUUUUUACCUUUUUUUUUUAAUAAUGUAGGUUUAAUCAUACCUUAAAAUAAAUGCCCAGACAUAGUUUUUCUUCUGUACUAUUCUGGUUUACAUCUAAAGUCCUUUUUUAUAUUUUUCUUUUACACACAAAGUUUUAAUUUCUUACACAGGACUAUAGUGUUUGUCUGACAUUAACCUUCAUUCCAUAGGAUAACACUAAAGGUUAGCCUUCCAUCAGAAGGACCAAGAAUUCUAAUAGUCUUUCUUUACUGGUCUAAAAUUAAUUUGUAAAUUAGGAAGAGACAGUUGUUUGUGCUGAAACCUACUUUCAUUGAUAGGUUUGUACUGGGAGUUACCAUUUUCUCAAAAAUAAAGACUGUGGUUUGUGUUUGUACCCUAAUCAACUGGGACCAACGCACAGAGUUGCCGAUUGGUUUGUAUCUUCAGAAUUUGACAUUCCCUUCAUACCCAAGAUAAAGACAUGUUACAAAUUUGUUGAAAAGUAUUCCAAGGGAUUUCUUUAUUUUUGCUGUCAUGGUUUUAGAUUCACCAAUCUCGGAAAGUGAGUAUUUUUAAAGGCCAAAGUUUUCUUCUUUUUUUAUUGUACAUUGUAGAUUGAAAAGCUAGUACCUGUACAUUUAGUGUGGUUGUACAAUCUAUGUAUUACUUGUUGCUUCCAGUCAAACUGGACCCCACCAAGCCCUUCUUUUGGAGGGUUAAUAUUUGACAUUUUAACUUUAAGAUCUGCUUUGUCUGUGCCUCUUGUCAUUGGUCAGAACCAUUUGGGAAUUUAUUGUCUUUGAUGCUAAAAUAAUGUCCGGUACAUGGCAUUAGUUAUUUAUUAAAAUACCACUUCGUGCACUGGACAGGGGUCAGUCUGCUGAAUAUUCCCAACCGUUUAAGGUCAGUAAUUAAUGAGAUUUUGAAGAUCGUAAUGCUGUUCCACAGAGUGUAGGCAGUACUACAGAUAAAUUUCAGUGUGCUGUGGAGUUGUUGGUUCAAUUUUCAUAAGAUCUUUGUAAAGUAGACCAAAAUUAAUCCAUAUGUGACUAUUUGACAGAACAAUGGUAGAAUAUGAAGAAGAAUAGCCGAUGGAAUCUGAACAAUCUUGUAUUGUUAUGUGAACAACUGUACUUGGAUUAUUUAUUACUCACUCUGAAGAAUGAUGGAAAAAGUUUGUACUCAGCCAUAAGGUUACAAAUUGACUUCUCUUUCCAGUUACUGUAACACAAGUGUAAAUAAAAACAGCCAUUACCGGA